AUCUACUCCACGAACCUCUGAAAUAUUCUUAGCAUCCACUAUGGCGUCGACGAGGCCCCUCGUGUUCUUCGACAUUACCAUCGGAGGUAGACCGGCCGGACGGAUCGUCAUGCAGCUGUACAACGAUAUUGUACCAAAAACUGCAGAGAACUUCCGUGCGCUGUGCACGGGAGAGAAGGGUGAAGGGAGUGCUGGAAAGCCUCUCCACUUCAAGGGAUGCUCGUUCCAUCGCGUAAUCAAGGGCUUCAUGAUCCAGGGUGGCGACUUCACCGCAGGGAACGGUACCGGCGGCGAGUCCAUCUACGGCGAGAAGUUUGAGGACGAGAACUUCGAAGUGAAGCACUCGAAGCGUUUCCUCCUUUCCAUGGCCAACGCCGGCGCGAACACGAACGGCUCGCAAUUCUUCAUCACCUGCAACGCCACGCCCCACCUCGACAAUAAGCACGUUGUCUUCGGCGAGGUCCUGCGCGGAAAGUCCAUCGUGCGUGCGGUCGAGAACACCGAGACCGCGAGCGGCGACGUCCCCGUCGAGCCCUGCGUCAUCGCGGACUGUGGAGAGCUGUCCCCGGACGACCCGUCGCUCGCCGAGCCUGCCGUGGCGGACGGCGACGUGUAUGAGGACUACCCGGAAGACCAGGACCCGGUGGACGGUCAAGACGUGCUCGCUAGCCCCGAGGCCGCGCUUAAGAUCGCGCGCUCGGUCAGGGAGGUCGGAAAUAAGCUGUUCAAGGAAGGCAAACACGAAGAGGCGCUUCGCAAGUACCAGAAGGCGAUCCGGUACCUAGACUGCCACAUCCAGCUCCCCGAGGACACUCCCCCAGAGCUCAAGGACUCCUUCCAGGCGCUGCUCGCGCCUCUCCUGCUCAACUCCGCACUGGCGGCGAUACGCGCGGGCGGCGCUCCCAACGCGCGUCUCGCCCUUCGCGUUACCGAUCGCGCCAUCGCUACGCUCGCACUUAAUGACGCGGACAAGGCUAAGGCGCUUUACCGUGAAGCACUGGCACACGUCGUGCUUAAGGAGGACGACGAGGCGGAGGAGGCGCUGGUCAAGGCACACGCGCUCGUGAAGGAGGACCAGGCGAUCAUUGGUGAGCUCGAGAAAGUUCGCGGUCGUCUACGGGGCAAGCGCGACAAGGAGAAGGCGCAGUUCAAGAAGAUGUUCGCGUGACCGGGCGGGUCGCCCACGCUAGAAGUCAAUCAGGCCCUGGGACGGGACCCUACGAAGUGUAACUUUCUUGUAGCAUUAAAGCUGACCGGCAACCUCACCCUCCGGUUGCCGCUGUCGCAUUUUAGGUCGAAGAUGGGAAGCAGCACUUAAGUAUAGUGCUUCAUGGUAACGUUAGUGUACAGGUUUGAUAUCUCCUUCUGCU